AGGACCUAUGCACAUUGUAUGUGAGAUGAAUACUGAAACAUGAUGAAUAAUACUUGCUGACGGAACCACCUUAUUAUCAAUAGUCUAUUCAGUGCUAUUGUGCAGUGUACCAUGCUCGGCAGUGAAUUCUAGUUUUUAGUCAUCAGUCUUCCCUUGUUUUGGAUAAAACCCCCAAACCACCGCCACCCUGUGGAAACCAAAUAUCACCGGUCUCUGUUCGGCCUGCCAUCCCUCGAAGAUGGCUGAUGCUAUGGAGGAAAAAGAACUGACAACGAAGGAAGAUCAUCAUGAGUCUAAUCCAGAAGCUGUUUUCCAGUCUAUGGAAGGAGAUAAGGACACUGGACCUGUCCGGAGGGUGACCAAUUCAAUGUUUGCGACUGUGACUGAAAAAAUGGGUUCCCUCCCCUUAGGGGGAUUCCGUAGGCAGGAUGCUGAGCCUGUUUUUAAGGAGAUAGAUCGUACACUGAAACUACCCGAUAAAAGGGCUGUUUAUCGAGCAUCCCCAGAACACUUGGAAUCUUACAAUAUUCCUGAUGCCAGUCGUAACGGAAAUUCUAACUGCAAAACAAAUCAGGCUGCACCAACAAGUCCUGUUGACCCAACAGAAGCCGACAGUUUGAUAGAGGCGGACACUGCUGUACCAGUCAACGAAAGAUUUCUGACUCAACGAAUCUUAAUCAAGGGUGGUAGAGUGGUCAAUUCUGACUAUUCAUUUGACGCUGAUGUCUACUGUGAAGAUGGCAUUAUUCGUCAAGUUGGUAAAGACCUGAUCACUCCAGGUGGUGCUACUAUCAUCGAAGCCAAUGGCAAACUUGUCAUGCCAGGUGGCAUUGAUACACAUACACAUUUUCAAAUGCCAUUUAUGGGAACGGUUUCUGCUGAUGACUUCUAUCAAGGAACUAAGGCUGCAUUGGCUGGUGGUACAACCAUGAUAAUGGAUUUUGUGAUUCCGCAGAAAGGAGAGUCGUUGUUGUCAGCUUACGAGAAAUGGCGUUCCUGGGCCGACCCUAAAGUUUGCUGUGACUAUUCUCUGCAUAUGGCCGUGACAUGGUGGGGUGAUAAAGUAUCCCAAGAAAUGGAAGUACUUACCAAAGACAAAGGUGUGAAUUCAUUCAAAACUUUCAUGGCUUAUAAGGAUGUUUUUAUGUUGAAUGAUACAGAGUUAUAUCACACCUUCAAUCGCUGUAAAGAGUUGCGUGCUUUGGCUCAAGUACAUGCAGAGAAUGGAGAUCUGAUUGCUGAGACUUCAAAGAAAAUGUUGGAGUUGGGUAUCACUGGACCAGAGGGACAUGAAAUGUGCCGACCAGAAGAGGUGGAGGCAGAAGCGGUAAACAGAGCCAUUUGUAUCGCUAGUCAGACAUCUGUACCGUUGUACGUUGUCAAGGUGAUGAGUAAGAGUUCUGCCAAUAUCAUUGCCGCUGCACGAAAGAAAGGUCAUAUUGUCUUUGGAGAACCAAUUGCUGCAUCUUUGGCAUGUAAUGGAACUCAUUACUGGAAUAAAUGCUGGCGUCAUGCUGCUGGCUAUGUUUUAGGACCACCGCUUAGACCGGAUACUACAACUCCUGGUUAUCUCAUGGAUAUGCUUGCCAACGAUGAGUUACAGCUGACUGGUACUGACAACUGUACUUUCAACAGUAACCAGAAAGCUAUGGGUAAAGAUGAUUUCACUAAAAUCCCUAAUGGCGUAAAUGGUGUUGAAGACAGAAUGUCAGUUAUUUGGGAGAAAGGCGUUCACACUGGUAAGAUAGAUCCGUGUCGGUAUGUGGCUGUGACCAGUACAAAUGCUGCCAAGAUCUUCAACAUCUAUCCUAGGAAGGGUGUAAUCCAAGUUGGUUCUGAUGCUGAUAUUGUUGUGUGGGAUCCCGAUCAGACAAGGACGAUAUCCAAAGAUACCCAUCACCAAGCUGUUGAUUUUAACAUCUUUGAAGGAAUGGAAUGUCAUGGUGUACCAGUAGCUGUUGUCUGUCAAGGUAGACUGGUCGUAGAUGAAGGUGUGAUGCAUGUGACUCAAGGCGCAGGUCGUUUCAUUCCAAAUCCAGUCAACUCGCCAACUUGUUAUUCGAAAAUCAAACGUAGAGAUGAGCUGAAUCAACCAAAAGCCGUUGAGCGUGAAGCUUACGAGGGACCAGUUUAUGAUCCCUCCCAGAAAAUAGAAAGCCCUUCGCCAUCUGACCCACUCACCCACCACGAUGAGGAUUUAAGUAGUCGACCAACUUCACGUCAUGGUGGUCGAGAUCUACAUGCGUCAACUUUCAGUUUGUCUGGUCGGCAGGUGGAUGAUCAUGUGUGUCCACGAGCCUCACAUAAGAUAACCAACCCACCCGGUGGGAAAUCUAGUAUCAUGUUUGGGAACAGUAACUAAGUGUCCAUGCACUAGACAUACGUAUGCUAAGCAGCAGGGACUCGGAAUCAUCUCCUGACAGUCCUAGACAUGCUCAGCGUCGCGUGCUAGCGCCCCCUGGAGGCAGAUCUAGCAUUCACUUUUAAACCAUAUUAUUCUCUGUGUUGUAGUGAAAUGCUCUUGUGUCUAUUUAGUCUGUUUUUAUGUAAUAAUGUUAAAUUGAAUGGAAAAAAAAAAAAAAAGCUUGUGCCUCAUACUGUACUGUGUGUAUAAAUGGUUUGGUAAUAUUGGAAAUUAUUCCACUUCUAGUUAGUUAGUCAGUCAGUUACUCAGUUGGUUUGUAGAUAGGCAAGUAGUGUACUGUGUUGAAUUCCAAAUGCAGUCGGCAAACGAGCAAGAAACUAUGUGCAGCAGAGAUUGUGUAUUGAUGGAUAAAACAAAUGGUUUCACAACCUCCAAGUUCAUGUUCUGUAAAAUGCCAUAUAAAAUUGAAUUAAAGUCAUGUGGUGUCAGCGAGCAAACAUGGCAAGUACAUUCACGAAAAGCAGAAUGGCAAAGUGGUACGUUUAAUCUGAACCAUUUGACAAAGAAAUGUGACAAAGUUCUAACUCGACUGCAAUUAUGAUAGGUGGUGCUUUUGUAACAUGUGCAAGGUCCAUUGCUUAAUUUCCAUGUUGCAAUCUCUUGUUCUUGUUCUUGUUCGUCUUUCAUUUAAGCUUAUUGUUGGUAAAAUGCCCACGACAAGACAGGGUUAUCUAAUCUCGCCAGAGAUUUUUAAAAUGAUCAAAAAAUUAUUAUUCAUAAUUGUAAUAUGAUAAAUAAGUGUUAACAUUUGAGGGGGAAAUUAAAAAUGUAAUUUUCAUCAAAUCAUUUCAUCUUUGAGGUGUUAAAUAACAAGUACAUUUGACCGAUCAUCUUUGUAAAUGGACGUUAGCUUAUGGUACUAUGUUUGUCAAGUUAAGAAGCGUUCCUAAGGAGCUCUGAGAAUUUGAACCAAUUAAAAGUUCAGUUGAUCUUUAGUUGGCGCACUUCAAAGUUUCCUUUUCACUUUUUUUCUCACAACACUAUCAUUUGGAUCCAUCCUGUAUUAUUUCAGUGGGGUGGGACUUUAUCCAUGAAAAAAAAUUCAUGCACAAUUCUAUGGUGUUAAUGUCUCAGUAUUGAGCGUAGUUAAUGUUUGGGGUGAUGGAUCACAUCAGUUUGUUGAACACAGUACCUCCAUGUAAAAUUUGACAUUUAGUCCCUGCUACCAUGUACUAAAGUAUUUGACAAUUUCACUGAAUUUACACACAACAGUUUUUCAUUGAUAUUUUAAGGUCAAAAUGGAUGAACUUUGUUCAUCAUGGCCAUUGCAUGAAAUUGCACUUUAUACGUCGUCCUAGGAUCACAUUUAUAGUUAAUACUGAAAUAUUGUUUUUUUCUAAAAUACAGGUUUUGAGUUUGUUCUUUUUGUUGUACUUUUCAGGUAGUUUCACCCCAGGUGUGUUGUAUUUUGACUGGGGGGAGGGGGGAGUUGUGUCUACAUUUUAUAUGCAACAAACUUUCUAUAUUUUGCCCUCUUUCUGUAUUUUCCUCCCAUUUCAUAUCGUAGAACCAUGUGGUGAUGUAAUUUUAUCACAAUUCCAGUGCCUUGGGCAUUUUUAAAACUCUAUUUAGACACAUCCUGUGUCUUGUUAUAAUGUCAGUUUAGUUUCAUUCCAGAUCUUUUUAAGUACAGUCUGUGCUUCCAUCAUUUUUUUUUCCUUCAGUACACCAGAGUCAGUGCUAUAUUUAGUUCUGUGUGGUGUGCUCAGUCAACUCUGCAGUAUUGUGGGUGCACACUCUGAUAAUGAUUUUGUUUUUUUGAGGCUUGAAUAUGAAAUAAAAGAUGUAAUGCGCAAUGUA